CGACCUCUUUACGACGAUGGACUCUGAAAGGUGCUGCGGUGUUAGCGCUCCGCCUGCAAGAAUAUGUUGUUAGUUUACGUUGACAGCAAUGUUAACUUGCGUAGCAUUAUUUAACCUGCCUUAAAAAUGAUCUUUUCGGAAUACGAAUAAGAGAAUCGUGAACCGGGUGCUUGAAAUAUUAGUUCUGAUACACAACAGUUAGCUACCUAGCUAGCGUUAACUAGGUUAGCUGGGUUAUCAACAACAACCGCAGUUGCUCUCUUGGUGCAGAAUUCAGACGCCAGCGAGCUGGUCUGGCUAACUCAGAACUUAUUACGGAAAUAUAAACACAAUGGUGUGAGUGCUUAUCCGUUAAUUUACCCUACUGUGAGUUUCGGUUUAGCUGCUUGUCGGCAAGGAAACAGAUGUGUGACAAGCGAGGGGACACCCAGGAAUGGGACUGGGGUAGCCCACAGUGUCGUGCCCAGCUGGAUGAGGUCUUUUUCCGCCAGCAUGACUACAUCCAGGCGAGAGGUGCUGAGCACGCGGAGUUCUGGACCUUCUUCGAGCGCUUUCAACGAUUUAAAGCCAAAAAGGAGAUGGCAGGGUCGCGUGAAGGCAAAGCCCGAAAGAAAGGUGCGACCGGAGCAGCAGAUCUUGGACUCCCGAAAGAAUACGACCCCCGAUACAGAAUAAAUGUUUCCGUGCGCACCCGCGACGUGGAGGAUCGGCUCGAGGGCUCGCGGCGCAGGACCCCCACUGGUCCGGGUAGCCAAGAGAUUGCGGAGUGUCGCCUUGCGCUGCUCCACUUCCUAGACUUCACCCAGAAGCAGAGCUUCGGCAAACUGGUCAAAUUACGACGGGAGCAGAGGAACCUGCCCAUCUUCCAGUACCGGGACAGGAUCUUGGACCUGGUCAGGAACUACCCAGCAGUAGUAGUGGCCGGUGACACGGGCUGCGGAAAGUCCACCCAGGUUCCGCAGUAUCUGAUGUCGUCAGGCUUCAGCCACAUCGCCUGUACGCAGCCGCGCCGAAUCGCGUGUAUCUCCCUCGCUAAGAGGGUCAGCAUGGAGAGUCUCAACCAGUAUGGCUCCAAGGUGGGCUACCAGAUCCGCUUCGAGACGAGUCGCACGCCGGCCACCAAGCUCCUGUUCCUGACCGAGGGGCUGCUUCUGAGGCAGCUGCAGCAGGACGGCCAGCUGAGCCGCUACAGCGUGGUGGUCGUGGACGAGGUUCACGAGAGACACCUGCACUGCGACUUCCUGCUGGGGGUGCUGCGCUCGCUGCUCAGCCAGCGCACCGACAUGCGUCUCGUCCUCAUGUCCGCCACCAUCAACAUCGCCCUGUUCUCCAGCUACUUCGGUGGCGCCCCCGUGCUGCAGGUGCCAGGCAGGCUCUUCCCUAUCCAGGUGAUCUACCAGCCCAUCCCCCCAGAGGAGCAGGCGUCGCGCUCAGAGAAGCUGGACCCGCGGCCGUACCUGCGUGUGCUGCAGGGCAUUGACCAGCGCUACCCGGCUGAGGAGCGCGGCGACUUGCUCCUCUUCCUCAGUGGCAUGGCGGAGAUUUCCACCAUCCUGGAGGCAUGUCAGACCUACGCCUCGCACACCGGGCGCUGGAUCAUCCUGCCUCUACACAGCACCCUGUCCAUCGCCCAGCAGGACAAGGUAUUUGACAUUGCACCUCCGGGGGUGAGGAAGUGCAUCAUCUCCACUAACAUAGCUGAGACGUCCGUGACCAUCGAUGGAGUACGCUUUGUAGCGGACUCAGGUAAAGUGAAGGAGAUGAGCUUUGACCCCAAGGCAAAGAUGCAGAGACUGCAAGAAUUCUGGAUCAGUCGCGCCAGCUCCGAGCAGAGGAAGGGCCGCGCCGGGCGAACGGGCCCGGGCGUCUGUUACCGCCUCUACGCCGAGUCCGACUACGAGGCUUUUGCCCCAUACCCAGUCCCCGAGAUCCACAGGGUGGCGCUAGACUCACUAGUGCUACAGAUGAAAAGUAUGGGUCUGGGGGAUCCUCGUUCUUUUCCUUUUAUAGAUCCUCCUCCAGCCUCCAGCAUUCAAACUGCCAUUACGUAUCUGAAGCAGCAGGGGGCGCUAGACACAAGGGGGGAGCUUACACCCAUUGGCAGGUUGCUGUCCCAGCUGCCUGUGGACGUGGUUAUCGGUAAAUUGCUGGUCCUGGGGUCUCUCUUUAACCUGGUGGAGCCGGUGUUAACAAUAGCUGCAGCGCUGAGUGUUCAGUCGCCAUUUCUGCGCACUGCUCAGCAUAACCCAGACUGCUCCACAGCACGCCAACCCCUGAACAGUGACCUGGGAGACCCCUUCACCCUACUCAACACCUUCAAUGCAUGGGUGCAGGUGAAAGGGGAGAGAGGAGGCGGCUCCAGGAAGUGGUGUAGAAGGAGGGGUCUGGAGGAACAGCGGCUGUAUGAGAUGGCAAACCUGAGACGACAGUUCAAGGAGCUGUUGAAGAGUCACGGGCUGCUAGAGGAGGGGGGGCAGGACAGGGUCUCGGCAGAGGGCCGCGCCCAGCGUAGAGAGCGUCUGAGCGAGCGCCAGCGUCUGCACCAGCUGCACAGGGAACACCAGCUGCAGGAGGGCCGGCGGAGGAAGGUCCUCCGGCUGGAUGAGGGCGCGGAGGGCCCAUCCUCCGGCUCGGAUACGGACACGCCGCCAUCGGCCAGCAAGGACCAGGAGGGUGCAGCGAACAGCAUGGACAUCCAGGAGGUGAAGUUCAAACUGCGUCAUAACGUGAGCGAGCUCCGAGAAGCUGCGUGCGCCAGUGCAGACAUGUCGUCUCGGCAGACGGCUCUGCUCAGGCUGCUGCUCUGCCGUGGCCUCUACCCACAAUUGGCGCUGCCCGACGAGCACAACGCCACCCGCAAGGACUCGGAGCAGGUGUUUCAUACUCGUAACAAGCAAGGCAUCGUCAUACACCCCACUAGUGUCUUUGCCUCUGACCCAGAGGUCCUGCAUGUUCCUGAGCAUGAGAGCAGCGCGUUGGGUGCUGGUAAGGAGGAGAGCAGUAAGCAUCAGUUGUUGGCAUUCGUCACUCUGCUGGAGACUAACAGGCCAUAUGUGUCCAACUGCGUACGUCUUCCUGUGCUGCAGGCUUUGCUGCUGGUGGCAGACUCUGUGGACAGUAACGCAGAUUGCACACGCUUGGUGCUGGAUGGUUGGGUGGAGCUGGGCAUGGCUGAUGCAGAGGCGGCGCUGAAGCCACUCUCCUCCGCCCUCACACUCAGGGCGGAGUGGGAGAGGCUGCUCCAGGCCCAGCUGGGCCAUGCUGGCCCUGCCUCCACCUCGGGCCUGGGGUUCACCGGCCCAAAACCGGCCCGCCGUGAGCUGGACAAACUCAGAGAGGGACUCGUGCGUUUCCUGCUCUACACGGAGGUGAAUUAUAGCCUGAAGCGUCUGACUGGACUUCAGGCCCAGAACCUGUACGUGGGGCCUCAGGUGGGCCACUCUGAGCUCACCCUGCCACCACUCUUCCCUGGCAUGCAGAGUGAACCAGACCCUGUUAAAGGAGGCCUGCGUAUCACCAACUACUUCACCUACAAUUGCCUCUGUGACUCUAAAGACCUGUACAGUGAGUGUCUGCGGACGUUUUGGUCCUGCCCUCACUGUGACCUGCACAUGCCUUUCACGCCUCUGGAGCGCAUGCAGCAUGAGGCCACCUGCAGGCCAGCAGAGGAACAGCAACCUGAAGAGGACCCUGACACAGUUAAGACUGCAGCUUCGUCCAGUCUGACCAGGCUGUACCACUGUGAUGUCUGCAACAAAUCCCUGAAUCUCACCUCCACUGAGAUACUCCGACACAAGCGACAGCACCUGGCCUGAGCUCAUGGCUGGGACCCGGACCCACACCCAGACGUCAGGGCCUGGGCUUGCUCUGCCCCAACAUUACUAACUUCACAGAGUAAAACUUUACAAUUAUUGUUCAUAUUUAAUUUUUUUUUUUUUUAAAGACAUAGAUUGAAUGUCUGUGUUCAUAACUGUGGUAUGAACUAUUGCCAUUUUGUUUACUUAACUGCUGAUUUAAAUAAAAAAAUAAA